UGAGAACGACAAAUUUGAUUGGCCGAAGGAGCUCGUAAAGUCCUAAUGGCGGAUUGUCGCUGAAAAUGUGAAAUGCGUUUUGUUUUUGUUUAUUUCUCGAUUAAUGUGAGUUUAUAAAUGUAUUUAAUGUGAGCAGUUCCGGCUCUGAAAUGGCGACAUUAGUUUUGGAUAACGGAGCGUACACGGCGAAGAUCGGGUACAGCCAGGAGAAAGUCAGCGUCAUCCCAAACUGCCAGUUUCGCUCAAAGACGUCCAGGUUAAAAACGUUCACUGCAAACCAGCUGGAUGAGAUCAAAGAUCCUUCGGGGCUCUUCUACAUCCUCCCCUUCCAGAAGGGUUACCUGGUGAACUGGGACGUCCAGAGGAAGGUGUGGGACCACCUGUUUGGAAAGGAGAUGUUUAAGGUGGAUUUUGCAGACACGAGCGUCGUCAUCACUGAGCCUUACUUCAACUUCACCUCCAUUCAGGAGUCCAUGAACGAGAUCCUGUUUGAGGAGUACCAGUUCCAGUCGGCACUCAGGAUCAAUGCCGGCUCUCUUAGUGCUCAUCACUACUUCCACACAAACCCCUCCGAGCUCUGCUGCAUGGUGGUGGACACCGGGUUCUCUUUCACCCACAUCGCCCCCUACUGCCGCCGCAGGAAAAUGAAGGAGAGCAUCCGCAGGAUCAACGUGGGAGGGAAGCUGCUGACCAAUCACCUGAAGGAGAUCAUCUCUUAUCGUCAGCUGCAUGUGAUGGACGAGACUCACGUGAUCAACCAGGUGAAGGAGGACGUGUGCUACGUCUCGCAGCACUUCUACAAGGACAUGGAGAUCGCCCAGGCCAAGGGCGAGGAGAACACGGUGAUGAGGGAUUACGUUCUGCCAGACUUCAGCUCCAUAAAGAAAGGCUUCUGCAAGCCCCGUGAGGAGAUGGUCUUCAGUGGGAAGUACAAAACAGGGGAGCAGAUCCUGAGGCUGGCCAACGAGCGCUUCGCUGUCCCCGAGAUGCUCUUCCACCCAUCUGACAUCGGCAUCCAGGAGAUGGGAAUCCCGGAGGCCAUCGUCCACUCGGUGGAGUCGCUGCCUGAAGAGAUGCAGCCACACUUCUACCGGAACGUCGUGCUGACCGGAGGGAACACGCUGUUUCCCGGCUUCAGAGAGCGGCUGGAAGCGGAGCUACGGGCGCUGGUCCCCGCCCAUCUGCCCGUGUCUGUCAUGCUUCCUGCAAAUCCCGUCUGUUACGCCUGGGAGGGCGGGAAGCUGCUGGCUCAUAACCCCGACUACGACGAGAUGGUGGUGAUGCGGGAGGACUAUGAGGAGAACGGGCACUGCAUCUGCGAGGAGAAGUUUGACAUUUAGGAGUUCAAACUGAGCAGAAACAUCGAUAGUGAUGAUUUGUCCUUCCACUUUCACACGUGUCCUGCUGCCAUAGCAACAGUCGCAGUGUGUAAAGUGUGGAGUCUGGGAGGGACAGGUUUACAGGUGGGUGGAGACUGAAGGUCCCUGAACCUGCUGCUGCAGGUCUGGAUGCUCCAUCCUGGGACGGCGGAGCUCGGGGCGUCCGAACCACCGCUGCCGUCUUCCUAACGUUUAUCCCCGUGAACCAGCAGCAGCCGCCUGCCUCCACCUCUGCUGGCUCAGUGGAGCCGGAGGUGUGCCCGCCGCCAGGAGAUAAAAGGCCCAGGGUCAAAGUCAUGACUCAUAAAGCGAUGUUUCAGCUCUUUAUUUAAACUCGGGAAUAAAAGUGAGUGAGCAGUCCGAGAUAAUCACAGAAGGAAUAAACUGUAAGUGGACGAGACAUUAGUCAGAAAACUGUUUUUGUUUUUGUUUGUUUUCACACAAUUUUUAAUGUUUGUGUUCUUUGUAUGUAAAUCUUAAUUUGCAUUUAUUAAAUACAAUAAUAAAAAAAA